CCCUCUCUCCCUCUCCCUCUCUCUCUCUCUCUCUCUAUUCUAAGGAGGACGCCCUUUCCCGCCCAUUCCGCGCCGCGGCAAUGGCUCCCAAGUCCAGCAGCACCGAAGAAAUCGUUCUCAGCUUCGUCAAUGAGCAAAACAGGCCGUUGAAUUCCCAAAAUGUGGCUGAUUCUCUGCAAAAGUUUAACCUCAAGAAGGCGGCGGUCCAGAAGGCAUUGGAUACUCUUGCUGAUAACGGGCGAAUAUCCGCUAAGGAGUAUGGUAAGCAGAAGGUAUACCUCGCUCGGCAGGACCAGUUUGAUAUUCCGAACAACGAAGAGCUCAAUCGGAUGAAGGAAGAAAAUGCCCAGUUGCAGCAACAGCUUGAAGAGCAUAGGAAGGCAAUCAGUGAGCUUGAUGGAGAAAUAAGAGGUUUGCAGUCAAAUCUUACUCUGGAACAGAUACUUGACAAGGAAACUAAACUGAGAUCAGAAGCGAAGGUAAUGGAGGAAAAAUUGGAGAAGUUGCGUGGAGGAGUCACCCUCGUGAAACCGGAAGAGCGGAAGGCUGUGCAGGACAUGUUUGCGGAAAAGAUAAGGCAGUGGAGAAGGCGCAAGAGGAUGUUCAAAGAUCUUUGGGACACCAUAACUGAGAACUCGCCCAAGGAUCUGAAAGAAUUCAAGGAGGAACUUGGAAUUGAGUAUGAUGAAGACGUUGGUGUCUGUUUGCAGUCCCUCUGCAACUUACAGCAAAACAGCAAGAAGCGGCCUAGAAGCCAAUAGCCGGUUGGUGUCUUUCUCCGGUAGCAACUUGGGGUAUAUAUUGCUUUGCUUCCUUAGAGAAAUAUACUGAUGCCGACAUGUGUAAACUAUUCCACGCUUGGACCAUCCGAAGCUAUUCCCUUCUAUGUUCAAUCAAUGAGUAUGUAUAUGACACUUUGGAAUAUAUCUCAAUGAGCCUGUGAUACUAUAGUCAGUGGCAGGAUUUUGUGUGUGA